AUGUCUGACGAAGAACACAAGGAUGUAUCCAUCAUGAUUAUCAGAUUCGACUUGUUCCUAUCAGCCACCCGAGUUCGGGGUCGGGCCGCAGCGGCAAACACUGACCUCAUUCCCAAUGCUCCACUGCAAGAAUACGAUUUGAUUCUGCAAGAAGCAAGAGAAUCUCGGAAUCUGCCCGAAUUAUGUACGCGUGUCAGACAGACCGAGGCCGAUCCUGCAAGACCCGAAAUCCGCCAGACUAGACACCGGAACACCAGAUAA